UUUUAAAUAUGAACGACUCUAAAAUCACUUUAAAAUCACCUUAAAAUCACUCUAAAAUUUGAGUAGAUUUCCUCACAUUCUACAUAUUUAUACUGCUCCCAAUAAUGAAAUCAGCAAGAAACCAGAGAGCUGUGGGUGCUUACGGCUAAGGAGAGAAUUGGAAAGAUGAAAUUCUCGGUGAAGACAUGGAGCAACGGGAAAGCUCGUGCAGGGGUUUUGCAGUUGAGUAGCAGCCCAUACUCCAUCGAGACUCCGGCUCUCGUUCUGACCACUCGCAAAGGGCUGCCCGUUUUUAUUCCACCCGAUCACCUCCCUUCCCUCCCUUUGCCGGACUCUAGCCUUCUUCAGGUUUGCCCGGUUCACUUCUUAGGAUGCGUCUCUAACCAAACCAUAUCCGACACUGGAGGACUGCACCAGAUGCUCGGUUUACAUGACCGGAUAUUCACAGCCGUUCCAAGGGACUCCAUUAUUUCCAUACCUGAGUACAUGAGUGCUAACAGGACUGGAGCUUCAUUUGAAACUCCUUGCGGUCGUUGUUUGAUAAAACCUGCCGAGUACAUGGAAAUGAUUUCUUCUAUGAGACCAAAUAUGUGGGCCACUUUAUCUGAUGAGGUGCCUGCUUGGGUUUCACAGAAGAGGAAUGGAAUAUCUGUUGAUCGCACUUUGAGAUGGCUUGAUGAUUGCAUCACGUUAAACUUGACAAACGCAAUCAUUUUUGGUUCUAUUGUUGGGGGCUCAAGCAUUGAAGAAAGGCAGCGUUGUGCUCAAGAAGUUGCUAAGAGAAAUGUUUCAGAUUUUGAGACUAUGGAGGGUUUAUUGCUAGAAACCUUUUCGGAAGAUGGAGAAGCUUUCGGAGGUUAUUGGAUUGGUGGCUUUGGAUUUGGAGAGAGUAUGGAUGAACGCACUGCCCUUCUUAGUGCUGUUACGGUAUUUUU